AUGAGAAACUUCUCCAAGGCCAUUAACGUCGCCAAGCAAGUGUUCAACACGCUGACGGAAUAUAUACAGGGCCCCUGCACCGGGAACCAGCAGAGUUUGGCUCACAGCCGGCUCUGGGACGCCGUGGUCGGUUUCCUGCACGUGUUCGCCCACAUGCAGAUGAAGCUGUCUCAGGAUUCCAGUCAGAUCGAGUUACUGAAGGAGCUGAUGGAUCUGCAGAAGGACAUGGUGGUGAUGCUGCUGUCCAUGCUGGAGGGUAACGUGGUGAACGGGACCAUCGGGAAGCAGAUGGUCGACAUGUUGGUGGAAUCGUCCAACAACGUGGAAAUGAUCCUCAAAUUCUUCGACAUGUUCCUGAAGCUGAAGGACCUGACGUCGUCGGACUCGUUCAAGGAGUACGACCCCGACGGAAAAGGAAUCAUCUCUAAGCGGGAUUUCCACCGGGCCAUGGAGAGCCACAAACACUACACCCAGUCCGAGACCGACUUUCUGCUUUCCUGCGCCGAGACGGACGAGAACGAGCUGCUCGACUACGAAGAGUUCGUGGAGCGAUUUCACGAACCGGCCAAGGACAUCGGCUUCAACGUGGCCGUGCUGCUCACCAACCUGUCGGAGCACAUGCCUCACGACGGGCGUCUGCAGACGUUCCUGGAGCUAGCCGACAGCGUGCUACGCUACUUCCAGCCGUACCUGGGCCGGAUCGAGGUGAUGGGCAGCGCCAAACGCAUCGAGAGGGUUUACUUUGAAAUCAGCGAGUCCAGCCGCACGCAGUGGGAGAAACCUCAGGUGAAAGAGUCCAAGCGUCAGUUCAUCUUCGACGUGGUGAACGAGGGCGGGGAGAAGGAGAAGAUGGAACUGUUCGUGAACUUCUGCGAGGACACGAUCUUCGAGAUGACGCUGGCCGCGCAGAUGUCGGACGCCGGAGAGAGAUCGUCGGCCAAGGACGACGGAGACGCCGAGAAACCGGAGGAAAACACCGACACCGGCUUCUUCUCCGUCACCACCGUCUGCCUGUUCCUGCUGGCGCUGCGGUACAACGUCCUGCUGCUGAUCAAGGUGCUGUCCCUGAAGAGCCUGAGGAAGACCCUGAAGACCCUGAAGACCAUGACUCUCUCGGACCUGCUGACCAGCGUCCUCUCCUCCUACUGGUCCGUUCUGCUGGGAUUCCUGCACGUUUCCUUCAGCGUCGCCCGAGGGUUCUGCAGGAUCUUCUGGACCAGUUUCCUGGGAGGAACCCUGGUGGAGGGAACCAAAACCAUCAAGGUGUCGGAGCUGCUAGCUAGCAUGCCGGACCCGAGCCAGGACGACCCGCGCGUGGAGGGCGAGGACAAACGUCCGUCCGACCGCGGCAGCUUCCCCAAGGAAGACCUGGCCGACCUGAGCGUGGGGGCGGAGACGGAGGUUCUGACGGACAUCUUUGGUCUGGACCUGCGGAGGGAGGGCGGCGGCUACAAGAUCACCCCCCACAACCCCAACGCCAGGAUCUCAACCCACAACCCCAACGCCGGCUUCUCCGACUUCCUGAACGCUCCGUCUGCGGUUCCCAACCCUGAACUCAGGCAACGGACGAUGAGUUUUUCUGGAGAGGAGAAGAGCAACGCCCCGGUGGCCGAAUCCCAACCGGACCGAACCUACGAAGACUUGGACCCGCCGGAGAAACAGAAGAACGAGAAAACCAAACUGAAGAAGCUUCACAGCCCGAAGGCCGACGAGCCCGACGUGCAGGAGUCGGCGUUUUUCAAGAAGAUCCUGGCGUACAAGAGGAAGCUGCUGAACUACUUCGCCAGAAACUUCUACAACAUGAGGAUGUUGGCGUUGUUCGUCGCCUUCGCCAUCAACUUCAUCCUGCUGUUCUACAAGGUUUCCACGUCGUCGGCGCUGGUGGAGGAGAAGGAGGUCGAGUACGUCGGCCGAGACGCCGAGGCCGCCGGGUUCCGGUGGGAACCGCCGGCCGGGGAACCGCCGCUCGGGGAACCGCCGCUCGGGGAACCGCCGCUCGGGGAACCGCCGCUCGGGGAACCGCCGCUCGGGGAACCGGCUAACGCUAACGCCAGCCGGGAGCCGGCCACGCCCGUCACCGUGCGGUUCGUCCUGGAGGAAAGUAGCGGCUACAUGGAACCAACGCUGAGAAUCCUGGCCGUGCUGCACACCGUCAUCUCCUUCUGCUGCAUCAUCGGAUACUACUGUCUGAAGGUCCCCCUGGUGAUCUUCAAGCGGGAGAAGGAAGUGGCCAGGAAGUUGGAGUUCGACGGCCUUUACAUCACGGAGCAGCCGUCGGAGGACGAUAUCAAGGGCCAGUGGGACCGGCUCGUUAUCAACACCCAAUCUUUCCCCAACAACUAUUGGGAUAAGUUUGUGAAGAGGAAGGUGAUGGAUAAGUACGGAGAGUUCUACGGCCACGACCGCAUCAGCGAGUUACUGGGAUUAGAUAAAGCUGCGCUGGAUUUCAGUGACGCCCCGAAGAAGAGGAAACCGCGGAGGGACAGCUCGCUGGUCGCUGUCCUGAACUCCAUCGACGUCAAAUACCAGAUCUGGAAACUUGGAGUCGUUUUUACCGACAAUAGUUUCCUCUACCUGGCCUGGUACAUGUCCAUGUCGGUCCUCGGCCACUACAACAACUUCUUCUUCGCUGCUCAUCUGCUCGACAUCGCCAUGGGAUUCAAGACGCUGCGAACCAUCCUGUCGUCGGUGACGCACAACGGUAAACAGCUGGUGCUGACCGUGGGUCUCCUGGCCGUCGUGGUUUAUCUUUACACCGUCGUCGCCUUCAACUUCUUCAGGAAGUUUUACAACAAGGGUGAAGACGGAGAACUGCCGGAUAUGAAGUGUGACGACAUGCUGACGUGCUACAUGUUCCACAUGUACGUGGGGGUCCGCGCCGGCGGCGGGAUCGGGGACCAGAUCGAGGAUCCGGCCGGAGACGAGUACGAGAUUUACCGGAUCAUCUUUGACAUCACGUUCUUCUUCUUCGUGAUCGUCAUCCUGCUGGCAAUUAUUCAGGGGUUGAUCAUCGAUGCGUUCGGGGAACUGAGGGAUCAGCAGGAACAAGUGAAAGAAGACAUGGAGACUAAAUGUUUUAUCUGUGGAAUUGGAAACGACUACUUUGACACGGUUCCACACGGAUUUGAGACGCACACGCUGCAGGAACACAACCUGGCCAACUACCUGUUCUUUUUAAUGUAUCUCAUCAAUAAGGAUGAAACUGAACACACGGGGCAGGAGUCGUACGUGUGGAAGAUGUACCAGGAACGCUGCUGGGAAUUCUUCCCCGCCGGAGACUGUUUCAGGAAACAGUACGAGGAUCAGCUGAUCUGAGAUCAGGAUCAGCUGAUCUGAAAUCAGGAUCAGCUGAUCUGAAAUCAGG